CGUGCGACAAAUGAAAGUUGCAUGCUCGCGCUUGCGUGUUGCGUGCAUCGCGCUGAACGCGCGAGUAUUGCGCGUCUCGCAGUGUCUCGGAGGAAAAUCGUUUGUUGUUGCCGCACGAAAACAUAAACGCCGGCCGAUUAUGCCGGCGUGACAGGUGCGACUGGUGCGAACGGGAUACGGAUACAGGAUACACGCCGCUGAAUAUACCGCGAAGAUGCCGCGGGACAUCAGAUCCUACUUUGCGCGGGUCGGGAGUUCCCAGAAAAACAGCGAGCCGGUCGUCUCGAAGCCUCAGAAGCGGCGCGUCAUUUCAUCAGACGAGGAUGAAGAACCAAAGUCAUCUGCAAAGCGCACUAAGGUUGUACGAAAAACAAAGAAAGUUUCCGUUCUGUCUGACUCUGAGGAUGACACCACGAUCGUGAAAAUCGUUACGAAAAAUUCUCAAUCCAAGAGCAAGAAAAAUGAGAGUCAGAAGCCAUGCACAGAGGUAUCUCUCAGUGAAGUAUUCGGCAAGAAGCCGAUAACAAGAGUAGAAGAAACAAAAGUUAGCCGAAAAUUGCAAAAAGUGGAAUCCGAGUUUCAUGAUGACGAAGAUUUUGAAGCUGUGCUUAAACAAUUGGACACGGCCGAAGAUAUUGUGAUGCACGAUAAAAAGAAAGAUAAAAACAGUGCUAAAAAUGCAGAUACCCCUAAGAAAUCUGAAGUUGCAGUAAUUAAAAUAGAUGUGAACUCCAAAAAGAGCAGUAAAUAUGAUAUCUGUUUGAAAGAAUUUAAUAAUAAAACAAGUAAACUAAAAUCAGAGGAGGUGAAAAUGUCUCCCGGUAAAAGUAAUGAACAUUCAAAAGUUGUUACAUGUUCUCCCCCAAGACAAAAAGAGAAGAAACGCAAUAUUAACGGAAACUUGAAUAUAAGCGAUAAAAAAUUGAAUAAUUCAACAUCUACCUCUGUAUCGGAAGAAGACCAAGAUACAGGAAAGUCACAAAGUAGGAAGAAACCCAAAAUGGAUUUAUUUGACGAAAGGGUAGAAAAGAAGAAACAGCGUGCUAUAAUGUACGAAAAAUAUCUUCAGAGAGGCGGCGCCAGAAAUCCCGGUUCAAAAGAGAUCCCUACAGGUGCCGAGAAUUGCUUAGCCGGAGUAAGUUUCGUGAUUACUGGUGUUUUGGAUUCAUUAGAAAGGAAUGAAACUGAGGAUUUAAUACGGAAGUAUGGUGGUCGGACCGUAAACACUGUAUCGAGUAAAGUGACAUAUAUUAUAGUGGGAGAUGAGGCUGGCCCAACCAAAUUGACGAAGGCCAAUAGUUUAGGCAUCAAACAAAUAUCUGAGGAUGAUCUUUUAGAAAUGAUUCGCACGAGACCGGAAGGUAAAGCUAAAGUUAUCAAACCUACAAAGGCGAAGUUAAACAUGAAAAAAAUACCGAAUAAAUCUGAGAAAGAUAAAUCGCCAUCACCGAGUAAAAUAAUAGCAUUAGAUUCACCUAAAAAGAUAAAAACGCCGCCAUUAGAUUCACUUGAAAAGAUAAAAACGUCACCGGUAUCAAAUCAAGAGGUAACUACAAGUGUUGGGUCAGAACUGUUGGUUGAAAAGUAUAAACCCAAAACUUUGAAGCAGAUCAUAGGUCAGCAGGGAGAUAAGAGCUGUGCACACAACUUAUACGUAUGGUUACGUGAUUGGCAUAAAAAUCGUCAAGAUCCCAAAUACAAAGACGGCACUGGUAAGCAAACUCAUGGACAAAGUUUCAAAGCUGCCUUGCUGUCCGGUCCACCAGGCGUUGGUAAAACAACAACUGUGCAAAUUGUUUGUAAAGAAUUGGGAUACGAUCUCGUGGAAUUCAAUGCUUCUGAUACGAGAAACAAGACACUUCUGAAAGAAGCAGUCUCAGGAUUGUUAUCUAAUACCACGAUGAAAGAUUACGUCAUAGGCACCAAGCAAAAAAUCACAAACAAACACGUACUGUUGAUGGACGAGGUCGACGGCAUGGCUGGCAACGAAGAUCGUGGUGGCUUACAAGAAUUAGUUAGUUUAAUCAAAUGCACGGAAGUGCCAAUUAUUUGUAUAUGUAAUGAUCGAUUUAAUACGAAGGUGAAAACCAUUUCUACGCACAGCUACGAACUGAAAUAUCAGAAGCUCAGAGUAGAACAGAUCAGGAGUUCUAUGAAGUCCCUGUGUUUUAAAGAGAACAUCAAGAUUUCGACGGAGGAUCUCGAUCGUUUAAUUGAGUCGACAAAUUAUGACAUUCGACAAGUAAUAAAUCAUUUGGAAUUUCUUGGCAGUCAAAUGUCUCACGUGGAGAAGACUGACAAGAAACAUUCGAAUAAAAACGUCAAGCUCGGUAUAUUCGACGUCACAAAAAUAGCAUUCAAUGCAGAACAGCAAAAAAGUAUGAGUUUGAACGAUAAGAUCGGCUUAUAUUUCCACGAUUACAAUGGUGCAGCCCUUUUUAUACAAGAAAAUUAUUCGGGAGUCAGAAUAUGUCAAGCGUCACCUCGUCAGAGGCUAGAAAGAAUCGCCCAUGCGGCUGAUAGUAUAUCUCAGGGAGACCUCGUCGAUAAAGUGAUAAGAGGCAAUAUGAUGUGGAGUCUACUUCCGAUGCAUGCUUGUUUCUCGUUUGUUAUACCGGCUAAUGAAAUGUCAGGAAACCUUGAUGGGUUGAUACGAUUCCCGAGCUGGUUCGGACGAAAUUCGAAGGCAACGAGAUUUAACCGAUUAAUGCAAGAAUUGACAACGCAUACGCGAUUAGCCACAGGUGCAAAUAAGGAUGCCCUGAAUAUGGAUUAUUUAGCUCAUCUUCGAAACGCUAUUGUAAAACCUCUGAUAGAAAACGGUGUGGAUGGCAUAGAAGCAGCGAUAAAUGUUAUGGGAAAGUAUCAUUUAACCAGGGAAGACUUGGAUUCAGUAAUAGAAAUCUCUGCUUGGCCAGGACUUCGCGAUCCUACGACUAAUCUUGAUAGUAAAGUAAAAGCAGCAUUUACACGAGCGUAUCAAAAGAAUCCUCCUAUGCUGCCAUACGCAAUUAACAGCACUGCUACAGCGAAGAAGAGAUCUACGCAAGAUUCAAACGAUUUCAUGGAAGAAGAAGAUGAUGAUGAAGAAACUGACGAUGUUGAUUCUGAUAAGAUGAUCAAGGCAAAAAAACCUAGUACUAGUAAAGCUGCUACAUCGACGAAAAAAGGCGGCGAACCAGCUAAGAAACGCGGAAGGGGACGUGGUAAAGCCAAAUAAGAGACAAUAUUAAAAGAUGGAAUGUACAUUUUAUUUAGAAAAACUUCAAACAAAAUUAAUCAGUCACGUCAACACUUGUUCACUGCUCGAAUUGAUCGGAGCAGAUUUGUAUAAUCGUGAAAUGAUUUGUUCUUUGUUAGAUCGAAAAUUGUGGCUCAAAACGGAAUGCUUGGCGUAGUGUGUCAUAUAUUUUAUAUUUUCAUUAGUGAGGAAUUUGUUAUUCCGAAAGUUCAUUGAUAGCUCUAAUUCACAAGCUCUGCUCUCGUCUGUACACAGUCUAAAGCGAAAAAAUAUAAUUA